UUGUCUAAUCAGAGGUCGUAGUCUAUGUUUAAAUAACAGUAACGUGCUAACAAAAAAUAAGCAUGGGAGAAAAAAAUUUGUUGCGCCAAGUAACGAAGUAAUAAAAACAUUUAAUGAAACUAGUAGAUAACAAAGAUAUCACUACGAUUAUUUAUGUAAUUGUGUAACCUGUAAUUAUUCGCACAUUUUAUCAUCGCUCGAAUAUUCGAUACUUUUAAAUUAGCCAUGAAACUCUUUAUGUUGCCGCUAAAAUUAUAUGAGCCUCUUCUAAUAAUUUAGAAAAAAUUUAUCAGGCCUUUUAUAGCAGGAGCGCGUUACUUUUUUUUGCUCGGUCAAUCUGAUACAAUAACAGAUAUAAUUGUGAAAUUUGUAAGAGAAUUGCGAUGACUCAGUGAUCAAUAGUAUAACCUUAAUGUCAGUAUAAAAAGCAAAUGCACACGUGAUUUUCAUUACAGUUCUUUUUAAAGGUAUAAGCAUCAAUAUACGUGAAAUUUUAAUAGAUGUAUAUAUAAUAUUAUUUAUGGUGUGACAAAUAAAUCAUACCAAACGUUAUUACGAUAUAAAUGACACGUUAUAUCAAUUGUUAUUACUAGUGUAAAAAGUACGUUGUUAAUGUUCAUUGUUGAGUUGCGUUUAUAAUAUAUCGAAAAUGACAUCGCCGUUUACUUGCAUUACGUGUCGUGUGGCAUUUCGAGAUUUGGAAGUUCAACGACAGCAUUACAAAUCAGAUUGGCACAGGUAUAAUUUAAAGAGAAAAGUAGCUGAACUGCCUCCGGUCACUGUAGAAGAGUUCCAAAAGCGAGUAAUUGCCCAAAGGAACAAGGAUGAUAAAGAAAGAAAAGAAGAGUUAAUGAACUGUAAGAUUUGCAGAAAAAAUUUCAACACAAAGAAUCAAUAUGAAAAUCACUUGUUGUCAAAGAAACACAAGGAAAAGUAUGCGAAGCAGAACACUAUGGAAGAUGCAGACGAUAUAAGUAGUUCUUCUAGUUCAACAAUCAUGAAUGAUACUCAAAAAGAAGGUACUAGACGUAGUGGCAAACGACCAGCAGAAGAAAUGGAGAUAGAUUCUGACAUAGAGUCCAUAGAUUCUGAUGAAUGGAUAGAAGAUACAGAGAAUCCAAUAAAAAAUAACGAUUGUCUAUUUUGCGAUCAUCAUAGUAGAUCUUUGGUAAAAAAUUUAAAGCAUAUGACUGUUGCACAUUCAUUCUUUAUACCAGACACAGAGUAUUGUACAGAUAUUAAAGGUUUGCUCACAUACCUCGGAGAAAAAAUUUAUGCCGGAUACAUGUGUAUUUGGUGCAAUGAUACUGGGAAAAGUUUUCAAAGCGCAGAAGCUGCCAGGUCACAUAUGGUGGAUAAAGGGCAUUGCAAAAUGCUGCACGAAGGAGAUGCACUUGCAGAAUAUGCAGAAUUCUAUGAUUAUUCAUCUAGCUACCCUGAUGCAGAGAAUGGCGAUCCAGAUGCAGAAAUUGAAAUACCUGAGCUAGACGACAGUGACUAUCAACUGGUCUUGCCAUCUGGGAAUGUUAUUGGUCACAGGUCCCUGAUGAGAUACUAUAAACAAAACUUAAACCCGAAUAGAGCAGUCGCGGUACCCAAGAAUGAAAAAUUACGGAAAAUACUAUCGCAAUAUAGAGCUCUUGGAUGGAAGGAAACACAAAAAGAGAUUGUUGUUAAGAAGGCCAGGGAUAUAAAAUACAUGCAAAGAAUACAGGCUAAAUAUUCUACACAAUUGCAGUUCAAGGCGAACAAACUGCAAAGAUACUUUAGACCCCAAGUAAACUUCUAGGCAUUUCUAGAACAUGUAUAAAUACUGUUGCAAGACUGCAUUCCUUUUAAACCUUAGAAUUUUUAUGCAUAACAAGUUGUUAGGCGUGCUUAUUGCGUUACAUAUUUAUACAUUUAUUGGUGAAAUAAACUUGUACUUAUUUAAUUGAAAUAUGCACUUUAAUACUUGUUAGCUACGACUCUUGAAAUGAGUUACAAGCUCAAGGCAUAUUACUAUUGAAAUCAGUCUCAUUAAAUUCAGUAACAGUUUUCGCUACGACUUAUCCCAGUGUAAUCGCGUUCUAGAGACAAAAGGAUGUAAACAUAAUGAGAGCCAUCGGUCAUUAUAAACUGUAAUAUUUAUUUGGCGGAUAUUCUUACAAAAUAACUUGUAAUAUAUUUUCGUAACACGUGAUAUCAA